AUGCCCAAUGCGUACGAAUUUUUAUGGAAACAGGAAUUUAAAAAUAAGAGUAAUUAUCACAUAAAAGAAGUUGAUCCUUUACGUCCGAAAAUUAGAAUUGUAGGUUUUUUCAAAGAUAUUUCUCAGGACUUAUUACCAUCUUAUUUAAAAAAGCAAAAUCCAGAUUUGAUUCAGCAGUCAUCCUUCUGGAAAUUAAUUCGAUAUUGGCCAAUACGUUCAAAUAAUAAUCUCUUUCAAGCUGAUGUUGAAGUAGAUGUAGUGACAUAUAAUUUAUUGUUAAAAUCUAGUCAUAUUCUCAUUGGUCUCAAUCCUUGUUCAGUCUAUGAUUCUCGACACAGCGCGCGGUCGUGCUGGGGUGCGAAGGAGAUAGAUGCUGGCGUCGCCCCUACCACUCUUACGGUCGUUGUUCGAACCCUGGCGGUGCUGCGGACCCCGAACACAGCGGGCACAGGGCGGUGGCAGAAGGAUGUUGCGUGCGCGUUGCCUGUCGGAGGUCACCAAUAUAGGUUGUUCUUGGAUUCAGAGUCCUCUGACACCUCUUUAGGCAGUCAUAACUACUCUCAACAUAGUGCGUCUGAUACUUUGCGACUUUAUUAUCAAAAUAUUCGAAGUGUGAAUAAUAAAUUUGCUGAUAUACAUUUGAACUCUAUGACCAUGACGCAGUAUGACAUCUUGAUCCUCACGGAGACCUGGCUAAAAAAUGAUGUGUCUAAUAAUGAAUUAUUUGAACCGAAUAUUUUUAAUGUCUAUCGUAAGGAUCGUGAUCUUGCGGCAACUGACACUAGUCGAGGUGGUGGACUUAAUUCUGGCUUUGAUGAGAUCAGGCAUAUUGGCAUUUUAAUUGCUAGGAUUAGACUAGUGUAUAAAUCGGUAUUUGUAAUUGUCUUGUAUAUACCUCCUUCUGCCGUAGUUGAUGAUUAUGCUCGCGAUAUAAAUAUCUUCCAGUUCUAUAGUUUCUCCAAGAUGGGAGGUCCAUCAAAUAACGCUAUCAAUGCCUGCAUUAACUUUGCGGAAUUUUUUAAUCUUACGCAAUGGAAUGGCGAUAUAAAUAUCUUCCAGUUCUAUAGUUUCUCCAAGAUGGGAGGUCCAUCAAAUAACGCUAUCAAUGCCUGCAUUAACUUUGCGGAAUUUUUUAAUCUUACGCAAUGGAAUGGUAUCCUAAAUCGUGAUAAUCGUCUCCUUGACCUUGUGUUUUCUAAUUUUCAUUGUUUUGUUUCUAAGCCUGUUGAACUUUUAAGCACUGAGGAUUCAUAUCAGCCAGCGUUGUGUGUCGAUUUGUCCUCCUUAAAAACUAGUAAAAGUGGCAACCCUUGUGGGAUUUGUGGUGGAUCCCGUAAUUUCAGGAAAGCUAAUCUUUCCUCAUUGUAUGAAUCUAUGUUGAAUACUGACUUCUCUUUCCUUGACGCGUGUGUUGACGUAAACAAGGUUGUUCAUAACUUGUAUAAAAAAUUAGAACCCUUAUUUUCUUCAUUUGUACCUAUUAAGAGAAAACCUUCAAGAGCUUAUCCUCCUUGGUAUAAUGGACAAAUUAUUUCUAACUUAAAAAUGAAGGAGAAAGCGUGGCAAAAAUAUAAACGAAAUAAAACAACGGAAUCCUAUAAUGCCUUAAAAAGCAUACGCGCUACUGUAAAACUCUUGAUUCGGACUUCCUACAAAGAAUAUUUGCAAAAUAUCACUUCUGAUAUUAAGAGAGAUCCAAAAAAGUUUUGGACGUUUAUUAAAAAUAAAUCGAAUCAUGCAUGUAUUCCAGCUAAUAUGUUUUACAAGGGUAACGAACUUUCCAACCCUCAACACAUUGCUGAUGCGUUUGCGCAUUUUUUUGCCAGGUCUUUUCAUCCUGUUAGUAGCACCUCAUCGAAUACGUCCGUUGAUAGUGAUCUUGUGAGUGCGUUAAAUCAAAAUAUAUUUGAUGUUAGAAAAAUUAACGAGUCUGAAGUGCUUACAGCCAUCAAGAAACUAAAGCCGACGUUAACCGCUGGGCCCGAUGAGAUUCCGUCAUUUUUUGUGAAAGACUGUGGCAUAAUUUUAGCUUCUCCACUAACAGUUAUAUUCAACUUGAUUUUGAGUAAUUCAAAAUUUCCUGACAAAUGGAAGUUAUCUAGGAUUUUGCCUAUUCAUAAAAAAGGAAGCACUGCGGAAAUCAGUGAAUAUAGGCCAAUUGCUUUGAUCAACAACUUUGCUAAAGUGUUUGAAUUUGUAAUGCAUGCUCGUAUCUUUUCCCAUGUUUCGCAGCACUUGUCACCGAUGCAGCAUGGUUUCAUUAAAGGAAGGUCGACUGUCACGAAUUUGAUGAUCAAGACGCAAUAUAUCUCAGAAAUGUUUGACAAACAUCUUCAAGUUGAUUGCAUUUAUUUGGAUUUUAGCAAGGCUUUUGAUCGCAUUGAUCAUCGUAUUCUACUGCAUAAACUGGAGAGUUUUGGCUUUUCCGACGGUUUGCUUAGUGUCUUUAAAUCUUAUCUAAGCAACAGAUAUCAGUAUGUAUUUUGUACCAGUUGCUCCUCACGUCAGUUUCCACAAACAUCUGGUGUACCGCAGGGCUCAGUCUUGGGACCAUUGUUGUUUAUAAUGUAUAUCAAUGACAUUGUAGAAGUUUUGGACGUUCCUUCUUUGCUUUAUGCAGAUGAUAUAAAAAUCUUUUUUCGCGUACAGUCAUCUUUGGAUUGUAUUCGUCUGCAAGACAACUUGAAUCGUGUGUUGCUAUGGUCGAAAAAAAACAAUUUGCUGUUAAACGCCGAUAAAUGCAUCGUCAAGUCAUAUUCGAUUAAACUUUCAAAUGUUAUAUACAACUACGUCUUGGAUCAAAGAGUCCUGCAACGCCCUGAUUAUGUAUGUGACUUGGGUGUCACAUAUGAUGCUGAAUUAAGUUUCCACAAACACUAUGAGGUUAUCUCGACAUCGGCGCAUAAAUCAUUAGGGUUUGUUGUUCGCAACGCAGCGGAAUUUAAAGACCUUGAUGUUCUAAGGCUUCUCUUUUUAUCAUACGUCAGAUCCGUCUUGGAGUAUGCGUCGGUGGCAGUUAUCAUCGUUAUCACCAUUACAUCAUUGAGGCAUGUCCUCACAACGCUAACGAUUGAUUACAUUACUGAGGCAUGUCCUCGCAACUCUAAAGAUUGA